CGUAUCCUUCUGGCGUGGCGGCGGUUGCCGCUAUAAGAAAAGACCGAGGAGGGAAGCGAGGAGGAGGAGGAAGAGGAAGAGGUAUGCGAAGCGUUCGAUUUUUAGUCCGCUAGUUUGCUCGCGCUUGCGGCUCGAAGCACCGUCGACACUCACCGAGCAAAGAGAACGCGAGAGGCGCACGUUACUCCCAACAAACGAAGACAAGUCGCAUUGACAAGUGCCACCAUCCAUCGCCCCGAGCCACUUCUGUUCCGUAUCACCAAAUGUCAUCUCUUCAGCGGGAGAUGUUACGUUCGAAACUACCGGCGGUCCCUCCGGGACCCACUGGGCCUCCUCCGGCUCGCAGAGGUCGCAGGGAUUAUGCUCCGGUAAAAGGAAACCAAUAUUUCUCAGAGGAACAAGAAGUUGUACUCGAUAAUGGGGACGUUUUUAAGGUGUAUAGAUGUAGUUCGAUUGACUGUCCCCCGGAUAGACCUGUGCUGUUUCUUCUGCAUGGAGCUGGAUACAGCGGCCUGACGUGGGCAUGCUUUGCGGCCGAGAUUGUGUCUAUGGUGGAAUGUUCAGUAGUUGCCAUCGACCUCCGCGGGCACGGAGAAAGUACUGCUUUGGACGAAACAGACCUUUCGGUUGAAGCCAUGACCCAUGAUAUUGGCCGAGUUUAUCAGCAACUCUAUGAAAGCCGAGAACAAAAACCGCCUGUCAUUCUUAUUGGUCACAGCAUGGGCGGUGCGUUAGCAGUACACGUCGCGGCUGCAGGAUGCAUACCGGAAGUAUCUGGCAUUGUAGUAAUCGAUGUUGUGGAAGGAACAGCGCUGGAUGCCCUGCAAAGUAUGCAGGCUGUACUACGAGCAAGACCACGCUCCUUCCAUAGUUUGGAUUAUGCUGUGGAAUGGUCGUGCAGGUCGGGACAAACUAAAAAUAUUAAUGCUGCAAAAGUGUCCAUGCCUGCUAUGCUAAAACGAAUAUCUGACGGAGUACCGGCAACGAAGCUUAUUAAAAUGAGUAAGGUUUCUUCGCCGAUUCCUACAACUAAUGAGGUAGGAAACGAUAGUACGGGCUCGUCAGCUGAAGCGCACAACAGCAUCGGUGCUGCUGCUGCUGCUGCCGUGAUACCUGAAGAUAGAAAGGCGGACUUCAAUCCUGUUAACAAGACCGAUCAAAACAACCAGGGAUUUACAUGGCGCAUUGAUCUGUCAAGAACGGAACCUUAUUGGUCCGGAUGGUUCCGAGGCUUAUCUUCAUCUUUCCUGGCCCAAUCCUGUGCCAAGCUUCUUCUUCUUGCCGGUAUUGAUCGACUAGAUCGUGACCUAACCAUUGGGCAAAUGCAAGGAAAAUUUCAGACGCAGGUUCUACCGAAAGUCGGUCAUGCCGUUCAUGAGGAUGCUCCUGUCAAGGUGGCAGAAGCAAUUUCAUCAUUCCUUGUACGGAAUAAAUUAUGUGAAAAAAUCGGAGACUUUUCACCGCCGUCGGUCUGUUGUUAAAAACAAACAACUGUGUCCCUUCUUGCCUAUCAACGCUUCGUUCAUAAGUGGAUUUAUCGAUCAGAAUUGGACGGUUGUGCGACGUCUAGCUGCUCGCUGCUAUGACAUUUAAUUUCUAGCAACUGUCAACUGGACGAGAAUUGUUGUUAGCAAAUAGCUAUUACAUAACGGAAUGUUUUCAAUAAAUCUAAAUGCAUGCCACUUUGGUACAUUAGGUAUCCCAGCUUUGGAAGCUAGCAUUACGUGGCGCAGUAGCAUCAGCCAAUGACUUGAAGAAUACAGGCUCAUUUUUUUUUGUCGGCUACUUUUAAUCCUUGUAGAUACCUUGCGACACUGCGCGUCUCUAUCGUAACAUAGUGAUGGGACAGAACAUAAAUAACGUUUGUUUGGCAAAAACCCUACGACAAUAAAAGUUACAGUGACUAGAGAAACGACAACAGCUGAACGAAUCCAUCUGAAAAUACGUAUCCCACAUAUAUUGUUAAAUAAUAUGUGCCUUUAUGUAUCUGCAUGUGCUGCACCUUCUUUGAUCUAUAUCGUAAGCCAAAGCUAUUUAGGUGCUGAAUAUCAGGAGAUCACAGUUUCACUAUUAAACUAAAUAUAAUAAAGGUGCCAAAGGCAAUCCAUGGAUGAUAAAUGGUACCCCCAGAGCGAAGUUACACUGCACCCCUAACCUUGAUGAUUUCAUAUGCUUGGACUGAGAAAUUUUGGCGAACCUAUCUAGAGCCUCGUCAGCCGGUGAAGUAUCGCAAAGUUGUUUAACCUUCAAGCUCUCGGGAAUAUCUCAAGCAUUUGUCGAAUUUAUGGACUGUGUUCGCAUAAUUUUAUUGGUGCGCUCUAGUAAUAUAUUUGGGAACGAUGUAAAGAAAACUAGAUACAGAACUCGUGUAGGUAAAUUAGAGGUCCGUGAUUAUAGGAAACUACUAACGGAAAAUAAAUUCGGGCUAUCGCUUGCA